CAUUCUUUUACACCAGUACACCACCAUAAACAUUACUCCUUUAGUACUACUGUCACUUUAUAAAAUCCAUCUCUUUCCCCAUUCUAUCUAUCUCCUUCCCUUCUCUCUCUCUCUCUCCUUCAGUUUUGAUUACUUUUCUGCAGUUUGAUACUGUUUCUGUUCUGUUCUGUUCUGUUUCUGUAUGUUGCCUUCCCAAAAGUCACUAACAGUUUAUAUAUGACAAUCCUUUAACUACUCUCUAUCAUUUUCUCAACACCUCUCUCAUAUUUAUACUUUUUUUCGUCUCAACCCUUUUUCAUAAUUUGCAGUUUUAAUUAGUUUCCAAUGGAUGAAAGUUUAUAUGAUAUUUUUGAGGACAGAACAGAAUUUGGAAACAACCAUUUUGGUUCAACAGAUGAUGAUCUUUUUGCUAUUUUGGAGAGUUUAGAAGAUUUCACUGAUUUUCCUCUAAUCAAAGAAGCUGAAGCUGUUACUACUCCAAAAGAGAAUGAAGAUACUUCGAGAUUGGUGUCUCAAAAGUCAACAACCUCUUCAAAUUUUCCACAACAAGAUUCUGAAACUGAACUUGAAACUUGUCCAAAAAGUAAGAGACAGAAACUUACACCUACUUUGGUAGAGGAACAAAUUAACAGUGAUGGACAACAAAAGGUUUCACACAUUACUGUUGAGCGUAACAGAAGAAAACAAAUGAAUGAGCACUUGUCUGUUUUAAGGUCACUCAUGCCUUGCUUUUAUGUCAAAAGGGGAGAUCAAGCAUCAAUAAUUGGAGGAGUGGUUGAUUACAUCAACGAGUUACAACAACUACUACAAGCACUUGAAGCCAAGAAACAAAGAAAAGUAUACAAUGAAGUACUAAGUCCAAGGAUAGUUUCAAGCCCAAGACCUUCACCACUAAGCCCAAGAAAACCACCACUAAGCCCUAGACUAAACCUACCCAUUAGUCCAAGAACUCCAACACCAAGUAGCCCUUAUAAACCAAGAUUGCAACAAAGCUACAAUUUUAAUUCACUUUCACCUACCAUAUCAAUUCCUGUUGAGCCAUCUCCUACUACUUCUUCUUCCACUUCUUCAGUCAAUGAUAAUAUCAAUGAGCUUGUUGCUAAUUCAAAAUCUCAUAUUGCUGACGUGGAGGUCAAGUUUUCAGGUCCACAUGUUCUUUUGAAAACGGUUUCUCAAAGAAUUCCAGGGCAAGCUUUGAAGAUUAUAUCGACACUUGAAGACCUUGCCCUUGAAAUCCUUCAUGUCAAUAUUAAUUGUUCCUCUGAUGAUACCAUGUUGAACUCAUUCACUAUCAAGAUUGGAAUUGAAUGCCAACUGAGUGCGGAUGAACUUGCUCAACAAAUCCAGCAAACAUUCUGCUAAAAUUGUGUUUAUGAUCUGUCAACACUCUUUACCAAACAUCUCUCUCUUUCUUAUUAUUGCUGAAUGUAAUGUAACGUUUCUAUGUACGUAUUAGCUGUACUAGUAACAGAGUACGCGCGUGACGACUCCUUUAAUUACAACAAUCUUAUCAUUUUCUUUCUCUUAUUUUUUCACCACAUCUAUAAGCUAGCUAGCUAGCUACUAUACAGGGACUUUCUUGUAAUUCACCACCAUUUGAACUUUAAUUUUAUCUAUUCCUACUUGCCAAAUGUAUGCUCCAAUGUUAAAACAUACAGAUAAUUCAAAAACGAAUUAUUAGUUCUA